CCCGCUCAUUUCUGGAAUGUUCUUCUAGAGCUCCAUGUAGAACCUUCCUAAAGCUAAAGCCUUGCCAUAUUAAACCCCUUAUUUCCAUUCCAGUUAAUCUUCGCCGCCAAGGACCACCGCUCCCACUAGCCCUUCUUUUCACGGCAUUCUCCCUAACAAUGACAAAGACAACAGCCCCCAAACUUUCCAGGUUGGAGUGGGCAUCCAAUAUGUGGGAAACGUUAUCAUUUUAUAAUAAAGCUAUGCAUGUGCUGUGGAGAUGUCUUGCAUUUGUCAGAAUCCAAUCGGCUUAUACAAGUUUUGCAUCACAUCAGGGAGGCUCAUCAGCAAAUGUUGCAUUAGCAUCACAUUUAGAGAGUAUAUCAAGUGUUGCAGGCUCCAACGACAAAAUUAAUGGUGCAGGAGGUCUCUUGACUCAAGGAAGUGUUGCAAGUGGGGGUCCCUUGACUCAAGAAAGUGUUACAAGUGGAUGGAAUGAGAUGGUUCAUAAAUUCAAGCCAUUUUUCUAGUUUAGGAUCAUGUUUUAUAAUCUAUGAUGCAUGUUGAGAUAAAGUGCUCUUGUUUUGUAAUUUUCCUAGUUUAGGACUGGAGUUUUGAUGGUCCAAAACUUAGUCACAUUUGUGACCAAGUGUUCUAGUUUUGUAAUUUUCUUACUUUAAGAUUGAAGUUAUGAUGAUCCAUAGAUUUUCUUUUGUUACCAACUGACAGUGAUCUGCAUGUUUGAUGUAUCUCUGCAUGGUGUUAA